GUGAUCCUGAGAGCAGGGAAUGGUAUAAACGGUCCUGAAUUCACGAAAAUUAUAAAUGUUCGUAAAUUUUUGUUGGUCGACAUUCGUGGAUCUCAAUCUCGAUAUUGUUGAGUUAAAUAAUAGAACGCCUUUCGAAAAGCUGCCUUAGGGAGGAGUUCUGUAAUUCGAAACCUUUGACUUUCAAAGUGGAGCAAUUCCAUUCCGUAUAAUAGUAGACCAUGUCAAGUUUCUUCGAUCAAUCGUAUUACAAGUGGAACAAGAAAACUUUAUCGUGGAUAGGUGCUUGGCCGGAACAGUCGCCGUUCAAGAGACGCCUCAUACCUUCUCUCAUAUGUUUCUCCCUUUGGACGAUCCUCAUUCCUGAGAUUAUUCGAGUGAUGGAUCUGUGGCCGGACGUUGAUGCUUUAUUGGAAUGGUUGCCACCGCUUCUCGUAAUAUCGAUCACAAAAACUCAGUUGCUCAACAGCUACGCGAAUCACAAAAGGUUCCAAAUCAUGCUGGACCGUAUACGCUCGGAUUGGAAACGCUUUGACGGCACACCGAACGUCCAGAUUCUCCAUAAAUACGCCUAUCAAGGGUCUUGGAUCACUGUGCAUUAUACGGUUUCGAUGUACAUCGUGUGUCUUAUAUACUGUUCGUUCCCGGUGACGAUACCGAUCGUUAUAGAAUAUUUCAUUCCAUCAAACGAAACGGUGGAGAAGGUUUACCUUUUCGACGCCGAAUACGGGGUAAAUUCGGAUGAUUAUUACACCCUGAUAUUCAUUCACAUGACCGUCUUAACUUACGCAACGUGCAUUGUUAUGAUAUCGAAUGACAGCAUGUAUUUCGUGUAUGUUGAACACGCAUGUGCCCUCUUCGAAAUCGUCAGAUUGAAUUUGGAAAGGCUUAGCAACAGUCCAGUCGACUUGAGUGACGGAGGCACCGAUCUCAGUUACAAGAUCAUUUCGUCUUGCGUUCAUCUUCAUCGAGAUGCGAUUUUUUUUGCUAGCCUCAUCGAAUCUUGUUAUACCGCUUGCUUCGCAGGAGUCAUACUUUUCUGUCUGUUGCUCCUGAGCGUAACGGGACUUCAAGUAUUGAUGUACGUGAACGAACCUGGGAACUUCAUCAGAUUUUCUGUUUUCGAAGUAGCUCAAAUAGUCCAUUUGUACUUCAAUAGCGUCCCUGGUCAAAAAAUCAUCGACUACAGUGAGAGCAUAUCUAAUUAUGCAUAUUCGGUAAAUUGGUACAACUUGAGUCCGAAGGCUCAGAAAAUGUUGAUCUUAAUAAUGAAGAGAAGUAUGACGCCGUGUCAACUCACUGCUGGUAAAAUCUACGUCAUGUCGAUGGAAAAUUACAGUGCUGUUCUGCAGAAGUCCAUGUCUUUUUUCACGGUUCUAUCAUCGACGCGUUGAUCGUUGGUUCGGAGAUGCAUGCGCGGAACACUUGAACGAUUGAGAAGAGGAAGGCGAACUUGUGUUUUUUUUCAGGAUAUUUAUAUGUGCG